UAUUACAAAUUCACGUUAACUUCCGCCUAUAUAUCUCAGUCCUCUUGUAUUUGUAAACUGAUCGUUCGGCCAGCGAUUUUGCAAAAUCGGAGAUGAAUACCUAUUUAUAAAAUAUCAAGUGUUGCGUAAUCGUUCGCACGAAUGGAACUCGUCGACAGUGACAACGAUUAGUUCGAACAAAUCUUCUUUCGGCUUCACUAGUUCUUUUAUUGAUCCGUUAACAGUGCUGUUUCAGCGAGUUUAAAACUUUUCUUUAUCUCAAGAGAAAAUGAUAAUGCAAAUUUACACUACAACAAAAUUCAUUAUAUAAAUAAAACAGCUUCGUUUCGAGAAGAACGAAGAUUUUGAGAUAUAGAAAUAUCUCAAAAUUAAUUUUACGAUUACCAACUUGCAGUAAAAAGAUAAAAGUGACUAAUUAUAUGUUAAAGUCACAAUAUGUCACAACGGCAACUUAUAUUUGUUUUCUGUGGUUGCAUAAACUUCAUUACUUUACUCUGUGCUUCCGCACAUAAUUCAUCGAAUAAUGACAAGAGCAACGACAGUAAUAAUAAUUACAAUAUAUUACCCGCUUAUGCUAUUGCUUCAACAGCUUCGGGUCUUCUCAACUCAACAUUAUGUGAAAAGGAACUGCUGAAUUUCCGUGACGCUAUCGAUCAACGAAUACUUUGGAGUUUGAAAGUGUUGGAUUCCAGUGGUACAUUUCAACCAGGUUUUCUUUAUGGAAAUAAUUAUUUAUUGGGUAUUCGUAGCCAGUGCUUCGAUACGAUGAAUGCUGAUCCUCUACAAAUUUCCGAGCGGGAUUUAUUAAAUAAUACGUUGUACCGUGAUCCGCAAAAGGAGUUUCCACCUUUCGAAGUAAAUUACUUUGUUGCCCAUUUCAAACACAACAGUACUCUUCAAUACCACACAAAUCUACCUAAUGAA